UUGGUUAACAUUUGGUUAACAUUUUUGGCGAUUUGACAGGAACACCGCCUCCUCAGUCACGACACACACUUCAUGAAAACACUGGCCACAACGGAGGAGUCGGAACACACCACACAAUAAGGAAAACUGACCUCGUCCGAAUAAAAAAUUCUGUGCGAUUCACACGAUGAUGACUUAAACGAUGUCUGCCACCAUUUGGAAAAUCAUCACCACCCUGACCUUGAUUGGCUCUAUCCACUGCGGUAAGGUCCUGGUGUUCCCUCAUGAUGGCAGCCACUGGGUUAACAUGAAUAUACUGAUACAAGAGCUGCACAAUCGAGGUCACCAUGUCACGGUCAUCCGAGCAGCCGACAGCUGGUACAUCAAAGAGCAAUCACCCUACUACCACUCCUUGGACGUCGACUUCUCCGUGGGGGGAGACGAGGAUUUCUUCCGCACCUUCAUCUCCCGGCAGCUAGAGAUUCGGCGGGAAGGGAAACCCUUCUGGACCCGAAUCAGUCUGGACAUGGAGAUGGGAGCAGUGUUUUCCGAAAUGCACAGAAAGAUCUGCGAAAUGGUCAUCCGUAUAAUCGAGGAUCCCAAACUGAUCCAGUCCAUCAGAGAAGCGGGGUAUGACGUGAUGCUGACGGACCCUGCAAACGGCGGAGGAGUCGUGCUUGCGCAUUAUCUGAACCUACCGCUGGUUUUUAAUGUCCGUUGGACGGUGCACGGAGAGGCGCAUUUUGCGAUUGCGCCCUCGCCCGCGUCGUUCGUUCCUUUUCCUUUAUCCAUGUUAACAGAUAAGAUGACGUUUUUUCAAAGGGUAUAUAACGUCCUCUUCCACCUCAGACUGUACUUUUACAAGGGAGUUGUAGGUCCUCAUUACAGCGCUUUGUGUAGACGCUACUUUGGUCCAGACGUGAACUAUUUUGAAUUGUUCCAGGCAGCCGAUAUCUGGCUUAUGAGAGUCGAUUUUGUCUUCGAGUUCCCUCGCCCGACAAUGCCCAACGUCGUUUACAUGAGUUGCUUCCAAUGCAAACCGGCAAAAGCCCUCCCGGACGACUUAGAAGCCUUCGCAGAAAGUUCCGGAGAGCACGGCAUUGUCGUCAUGUCGUUAGGAACGCUGGUCGGACAGCUUCCAGACGAUAUAGCCAACGAAAUGGCAGCUGCUCUUGCGAAACUCCCUCAAAAAGUGAUCUGGCGAUACCCAGGGAAGAAACCAUCCACUCUCGGGAACAACACCAUACUCAGAGACUGGCUGCCACAGAACGAUCUUCUCGGCCAUCCCAAGACGAAGCUUUUCGUGAGCCACGGCGGAACAAACGGGAUUUUGGAAGCUAUUUAUCACAGUACUCCGAUCGUUGGCCUACCUCUUGUUUUUGAUCAGCAUGACAAUCUGUCAAGGAUGAAAGCUAAAGGUGUAGCACGGGUCUUAGAUAUAGUCACGAUUAAUCAGAAUGUGUUUCUUCAAGCUAUACAGGAAGUUAUAAACGAGCCUUCCUACACCAUAAACAUGAAGAAGCUGUCCCGGCUUAUUCGAGACACACCUAUACAACCUCUGGACAACGCCAUGUUCUGGAUUGAGUUCGUUAUGAGACACAGAGGUGCUACUCAUCUGCGGACCGAGUCGUACAAAAUGCCUUGGUACGCUUAUCACAGUGUCGAUGUUGUAGCCUUUUUAGUGUCGGUUGCCUCAGGUACAGUCCUUUUAAUCUUUGCUGUAGUCCGAUAUGUAUGCUGCAGGGCAUGUAGGAGAAAAAGAGUAAAGCAAGACUGAUACUGCAUAGCAAAAUCGCCGAGUUUCAAAUCCCACUGAAUAGCAUAGGGUCAGUAUUGCCUUCACAAACACAAAUGAAAAAUCCACAGCCCAAUUUUGGUCAAUCAAUACCUCAUUUGAUCAGGCAGAACAAAAUCUAUCGUUAGUCUUGUUUUAUUGAAAUGAAAAAAAAAAAAUUUAUAUAGUGGAAUUUGCUGUGUAGAUCUUUUUAUUUCAGGUUGAAAAAAACAAUUGUUGAUCUGAUUUCAUGCCAAAUCAGGAUCAUUGUGGCAUUUACUCCGAUCGGCUAUAACAUUCAAACCACUGACAGGUGAAGAGAAUCCUAUUCAUUAUCUCAUUGUAAUGUCAAGGGGUGAGAUAUUUUAGUCAGAAAGUGAACAGUGAAGUUGAUGGGUUGAUCUGAUAGAAAACAACCGAAUUGUGAUGGAUAGACGACAGGGUAUCUCCAAAACAUUAGGUCUUGUCCGGUGUUACUGGGAUACAGUGGUUAAUACUUUGUAGUUCAAAGUAAAAUGCUCCAAUGAAGGACAACCGGUGAACCAGAGACAGGGUCAAGACUCUUUGAAGAAGCCAGUACAGCACUGUUAAUUAUAAGCUACCUUUUGCUAGCUGACUGACGUUGGUUAAUCCAUCACUUAAUCAAAGUAAUGUAACGUACUGGUAAACAGCAGUCAGCAUUUUUACUCAACCUCUUUUUAGGAAAAGGAAAAAAGAUUGCAGCUCUCGCCGAUUUACAUCUAGCUCUGGGCACCUGCAUUAAGUUACCCAGAGAAGUGUGUUUUAGUUUUACGCUCUGCUUGCUCUGUCGGUGGAACUCAUUUAAAAAGGAGUGAAUGCCUAACCGUAUCAAGCUGCUUCCAGUGUUAACUAAGACCAUAGUCAAUAAAUUAUGCUGAAAUUUAGCUGAUACCAUUAUCCCAAAUGAGCAAGUGAUCGUCAUUGUUUGUCCGCCCAGGCACUUCUUUUUUUUUCUGUGUACUAAUCUCUCUCAAGAUAUCCAAGGAAUAAAAGCCAGUUACACUA